AUGGCAGGCCGAACGUUACGGAUAGGAUUGAUCCCCGGUGAUGGGAUCGGCCGUGAAGUAAUUCCGGCCGGUAAACGCAUUCUUGAGUCACUCCCUUCGUCGCUCGGCUUGAAAUUCUCCUUUGUCGACCUCGACGCCGGCUUCGACUGCUUCAAGCGCACGGGAACUGCCCUGCCAGAUAAAACGGUUGAGACGCUGCAGAAAGAAUGUGACGGCGCCUUGUUUGGGGCUGUGAGCUCCCCUACAACCAAAGUCCAAGGGUACACGUCCCCGAUCGUGGCCCUGCGCAAGAAACUGUCCCUCUACGCCAACGUGCGGCCAUGUAAAACCACCCUCUCCCCGGCCUUUUCAUCGCCCGUCCCGCACCCGAUCGACAUGGUCAUCGUGCGCGAAAACACCGAGGACCUCUAUGUCAAGGAAGAAAAGACGUACAGCGACGGUGAAGGGGGAGAGAUCGCAGAAGCCAUCAAGAGGAUAUCGAGCAAAGCGAGCUGGCGGAUCGCCAACAUUGCAGGCGAGAUCGCCCUGCGGCGACAGCGGAUGAGGGAACAACAACAACAGGGCUCGCAAAAGCAAGGCAUGGUGACAAUCACACAUAAGUCGAACGUCCUCUCCCAAACAGACGGCCUCUUCCGCUCCACGGCACGGGAAUGCCUCUCGCAACCACAAUUCUCCUCCCUCAAGAUCGAGGAGCAAAUCGUCGACAGCAUGGUGUACAAACUGUUCCUGCAACCACAGUACUACGACGUGAUCGUCGCGCCGAACCUGUACGGGGAUUUAUUGAGUGACGGCGCCGCCGCGCUCGUGGGGUCUCUGGGGCUCGUGCCCAGUGCAAAUGUUGGCGAAGGCAUCAUCAUCGGCGAACCCUGUCACGGAUCCGCCCCAGACAUCGAGGGCAAGGGCAUCGCCAACCCGAUCGCCACCAUCCGGAGCGUGGGCGUCAUGCUCGAGUUUUUGGACCUGCCCGACGCCGCCCAGCUCGUGUACAACGCGGUGGAUGCCUCCUUGGGAGAGGGCAAGUUUGUCUCUCCCGAUCUGGGCGGCAAGGCCACGACGGACGAGGUGGUGGAGGACAUUGUCAAGAGGCUUUAG